AUGAACUACCUGGACAGAUUUUUAUCUGUGGAGCCCACCAAAAAGACCAGGUUACAGCUGUUAGGAGCAACUUGUAUGUUUUUGGCCUCUAAGAUGAAAGAGACUGUGCCACUAACAGCAGAGAAGUUGUGCAUAUACACGGACAACUCCGUCCGUCCCAGCGAAUUAUUGCAAAUGGAACUGCUGGCACUAAAUAAACUGAAGUGGGAUCUUGCCUCAGUCACACCACAUGAUUUCAUUGAACACUUCCUCGCCAAACUGCCUAUACACCAGAGCUCCAAGCAGAUACUGCGCAAGCACGCCCAGACGUUUGUGGCCCUCUGUGCAACAGGUAUGUUUUACUUUUCACCAGCAGCAUGA